AUGUGGAAGAAAAUCCGUGCCUUUUUCAAACUGGACCGAUCUUCUCAGCCAUCGAAACAUCAGCGCCAGUCCGACACUCUUGGAAGCCUAAGUGAACUCGCAAUGCCUCCGCCUAUUGAGAAUCGCCGCGAUUCUGAAGUCUAUCGCCACCACACUCUGGAGGAAAACAUUGAACGAAGUUCACAGGGUGAAGACAUUGAUGCUGAGGAUGGAGAAGAAGAUAUUCUUGUUCGCCAUCACACCCUCGAAGAGAAUCUCGCGCUCGCGAAAGAUCUUACUCGGGAGAUGAACCGACAGUCGCAGGAACUUCGUCGCCUCUCCUCUGAACACCACCGUGCCUCAAGCUCUGGGACAAUGACUUGA